AUGGACAAUAUGAUAACUAAUGCCCUUGGGUUUAAUACGCCGAUUUAUGUGCCAAAUGAUGUCGACGACCCUGCUGAUGAUGAAUAUGACGCUGAUGUUAACGUCGAGAGACCAAAUGAGGAAGCCCAGCGAUUUUUUGAUCUUUUGAAAGAGACAAAUACACCGUUGUGUGAAGGCUCUCGAGACUCAAAGUUAACGGUGUGUAUUAGACUUUUGGGUAUCAAGUCUGAAUGUCUUGUUUCAGAAUACACCAUGGACUUGAUAACAAAACUGAUGUUGGAUAUAACAAUAGACCGUCCUCUUGAUUUGCCAAAAAAUUAUUACGAAGCAAGACAAUUGGUUGCAAAGUUAGGACUCGGAGCGAAGAGAAUUGACUGUUGUGUUAACGGGUGUAUGUUGUACUAUAGCAACGAAUUUGGUGUAGAUGACGGUGCAUUACUUGAAUGUAAAUUUUGUCAAGAACCAAGAUAUCGUGUAACAAGAAAUUCACGGUCAGUCAGAAGGAAGCCAAUCCCAAGAAAGGCGAUGUUCUAUUUACCCAUAAUACCAAGGUUGCAAAGGUUGUAUGCAUCGAUGCAAACAGCCAGUAAAAUGACAUGGCAUCGUGAAAACUAUGAAAGGAGAAAAAUGUCAGAUUAUUUGACAUCCCGACAAGUCUGGAACAAAGUGAAAGAUAUUCCAAAGGUUGAGGUUGUAGGUGGUGUUGCAUCUAAACCGCGUGGUUAUGGACAAACACACAACUGGACAAAAAGAAGUAUCUUUUGGGAUCUGCCGUAUUGGAAAGACAACCUUUUACGUCACAACCUUGAUGUUAUGCAUAUUGAGAAAAAUGUGUUUGAAAAUAUUUUUAACACUGUCAUGAAUGUCAAAGGAAAAACGAAAGAUAAUGACAACGCGAGGAGAGACAUAGGGUUGUAUUGCAAACGUAACGAACUGUUGUUGGUGGAGACAUCUAACGGCAAACUUCUUAAACCUCGUGCAAACUAUACUUUAUCUCCUGAAGAAGCAAAAUCUGUUUGUCGAUGGGUAAAAGAAGUGAAGAUGCCGGACGGUUAUUCGUCGAAUUUGGCGAGAUGCGCUGAUGUUGACCAUGGAAGGAUGCGUGGGAUGAAAAGUCAUGAUUGUCAUGUUUUUUUCCAGACUUUACUUCCGAUUGCAUUUAGUUCUUUACCCCAACAUGUAUUGAAUCCGCUUAUUGAAAUCAGUCAAUUUUUCAAGAAUUUGUGUUCGACAACGCUAAGAGAGGCUGAUCUCAUCAAGAUGGAAAAUGACAUUCCACUGAUCUUGUGUAAGUUGGAGAGAAUAUUUCCUCCUGCCUUGUUUGAUUCUAUGGAGCAUGUUGUGGUGCAUCUUGCAUACGAGGCUAGGCUUGGUGGGCCAGUUCAAUAUAGAUGGAUGUACCCGUUCGAAAGGUUCAUGGGUUAUGCAAAACGUGCCGUGAAAAACAAAGCUAGGGUCGAAGGCUCAAUUUGUGCAACAUACUUACACCGCGAAACAAUUUACUUUUGUUCGCAUUACUUCAAAGACACGUUGUCAUCAAGCCAUAUUCGCAAUGAAACUGAAACAUCUCGGCCUGUGAGAAUUCACCCAUUAAACAUGUCAAUAUUCAGCUUGCCUGGUCGUAAUGGUGGUGGUGAGAAAGUGUUGUAUCCUGGUGACAAAGUUCUCUAUUCGGCGCAUGUUCACUUGCUGAUUAAUUGCAAUGAAGUCGAGCCAUAUUUACAGAUGUUUUUAACACAACAUACUUCUGCUCAAAUCAAUUCGGAAUUUCCAGCAUGGUUCAAAGAAUACAUGUACCAACAAACACCCGCAACUCGUGUCAUACAACACUUGAGAAACUUAUCUGAUGGCCCAAAGUCAACCGUUAAACAAUGGCACACCUACUUUGUCAAUGGUUACAGAUUUGAGACACACAGUUGGAGUGAAGGAAAAACAACAGUAAACAGUGGAGUGUGUAUGAAAGGUGUGACUGAAAAUGGUGAAGGAGAUUUUUACGGUGUCAUUGAGAACAUAUUUGAAAUCGAAUACAAUUACCUUGAUUACAAGAAAACAGUCGUGUUGUUUUACUGUAAAUGGUUUGAUCCUUCAAAUAGAGGUACCAGAUAUGAUUCAAAGACUAAUACCGUGGAGAUAAAAAUGAACAAACAUUAUCCAUUGUAA